GAGGAGCUGGAAAUCCCCAAGCUCAAGGGCGCCUGUGGUGAGGUCGAUCAGUUGGUCUGUGGCUUGGUCUCCGCGAUCGACAGCCUUCGAGAGCACGUGGACCAGCUACGGGGCUCGGACUUGCGUCGUGAAGUUUAUGCCAUGGACCGACAAGCACAGGACUGGGUGGACAAGGUGGAGAAAGAAGCGGUCGAAAGCCUCACCGGCUACCGCGAUGGGGUGGACACCAUGAUGGAGGUGCAUGUCGUGGGGCUGAGUCACCACAGCGCCCCGGUGGAGGUCCGCGAGAAGCUUGCGGUGGCACAAGCGGAUUGGAACGCUUACGCACAGGAGCUGGUGGACUUUGGUAAGACCGAGCGUGGCUAUUUGGUCCCGGAAGUGGCGGUGCUCUCCACGUGCAAUCGCUUCGAACUCUACUUCGCGUCCCCCGAGACGCGGAAGUUCGCCGCCCUGGAGGCAGUCCAUGCCUUCCUCAGUCACAAGUCUGGCCUCACUCGGGAGGAACUGGAGCCCUACCUCUUCAGCCACACAGGCGAGUCAGCCACGGAGCAUCUCUUCCAGGUGAGCUCUGGCUUGGACUCCCUGGUGCUUGGAGAGGCGCAGAUCCUGGCACAGGUGAAGGCAUGCCACGAGCACGCGAUCCAGAAGGCCGAUGAGGAGACGGUGGCUGGGUCGGGCGGCAAGAUCGUGGCGAAGAUGCUGAACGCGGCGAUCCGCAUGGGCAAGAUGGUCCGAAGCCGCACCAAGAUCGGCAAAGGCUCCGUGUCGGUGUCCAGCGCGGCGGUGGAACUCAUGAUGUCCAGGGCAAUGCAGGACUUGCGCAAGCCGGCCAGCAAGUUGAACGUUUGCAUCAUCGGUGCCGGUAAGAUGUCCAGGCUGCUGCUUUUGGCGCUCUUCAGCAAGCACCCAGACAUUAAGGUGACGUUGGUGAACCGUUCGGUGGAGAAGGCACAAGAAGUCCUGGACGACGACAUGGUGAAGAACCGUGGAGGCGCCAAUGCCAGCGUGGCUCCGUUGGAUGAGAUGUUCGACGUCAUGCGCCGCAGCGACGUCACGUUCACCGCCACCGGAAGCAAGGUGCCCAUCAUCUACGGGAAGGAUCUCCAAAACCUGGAGAGAAACCACAUGCUCGUGGACAUCUCGGUGCCCCUCAACGUCGCCGCCGAUUGCGCCGAGGUGGAUCGCGUGAGCAGUUACUCAGUGGAUGAUCUGAAGAAGGUGGUCGAUGCCAAUGCCAAGAAGCGGCAAAACGAGGUGGUCAAGGCCAACAAGCUCAUUACGGAAGAAGUGCAGAAGUUCAAAUGCUGGCAGGCAUCGCAAGGGGCGGUGCCCUACCUGGCUGCCUUGCAGGCAAUGGCUGAGAACAUCCGCCGCAGCGAGUAUGCCAAGAUGGAACACAAGCUGAAGGGUCUUCAAGAGACGGAGAAAGAGGCGCUGGACAAGCUCACCAGGCAUUUGGUCGACCAGCUCUUCCGGCCUCUCUACUACUCCAUGAAGGAAGAUGAGUCGCUCGCGGACAAGAGGAGUAAGAUCAUGGCCUUGCAGAACAUCUUCCGAUUGGAGCCCCUCUACAAGCGCGGACUCUUGACGCAGGCAGCAGUACAUGCACAACUCAAUGCCUGAAGGCAGCUCCGCAGGCCGGAACCGAGCCACCUGCUCCACGCCACUGAGCCACCUGCUGCUGGGAAGCGCCAGUAGACCAAGCGUCGGCCCGGUGCUUGAGGCGGUGACCCCCUGAGAGAUGCACGGCCCAGUCCCCGAUGGGCUGAAAUCGGUGCCAAAAAACGGGGUGAGCUUGAAGUGUUCCACUCAAGCAAGAGAGGUAACCUGUGGUCAGCUCUUUGGUGUCUCUAAAGCAGAACACGGCUCACCGGGCUGUCCAAGGGGCUGCACCCAACUUUUAAGAUAUGUCAGGCUUCGUCGAUUGCUG